AUGGAAUGCUUUUCAACCCAUGUACUUAAACCAAGGAAAGAAUCCAAGCGUAAAACUUUUUAUUCAGAUCAUCAAAAAAACUUUCAUCAUGUUAAGCAAGAGAAUAAAUGUCUCUGGGAUUGUGACUGUGAAGAUCUGCGACAAAUGACGACGAUGAAGAAAAGUUUUAGGCAACUUUCCACUGCUUUGAAACGCUUUCAACUCAUUUUUCAUCACAUUGAUUUUGUACCUGCCAAGGUGCGCCUACCUGUCAUGUUAUCAGAUUCAAUGGGUCUGUCGCUUGCUUGUCAAGAGACAACUACUGAAGAUCAAAAGAGAACUAGAGCGAGUGACAUCGAUUAA